AUGGGUAUGAAAUGUAUUGCAAAGAAAAAAAUGUCUAAUAUCUCUGAUGUUCCAGAGGCUUCUGGUUAUAUAAAAAUACCACUUCCAUCUAAGGUUGAAGCUUGUAAAGCAAAGACAAUGAAGUCUUCGAAAUCUGUUAAGGGUGUUGUAUCUGAUUCUGACUUCGAGGAUGAAGUUCUUGAUUUGGAUUUGAAAAAAGAUACUACUUACUAUCGAGGAGCCAAGGGAAUUCUGCUAGUAUAUGAUGUAAUUGAUGAAUCUUCUUUCAAUAAUAAUCUUCUAUUUUCUUGUCAUAGCUCUGUCUACUUCAGAGCUAUCCAUCUUGUUUCUAUAUAUAUUAGGAAUUGGAUUCGCAACAUCGAACAGCAUGCUUCAGAUAAUGUCAACAAGAUCCUGGUAGGAAACAAGGCUGAUAUGGAUGAAAGUAGAAGGGAUGUGCCCACCGCUAAGGGCCAAGCACUUGCUGAUGAGUAUGGGAUCAAUGCCGAAACGAAUUUAAAUGUUGAACAAGUUUUCUUUUCAAUAGCAAGAGAUAUAAAACAAAGGCUCGCUGAUACUGACAACAAAGCUGAGGUACAUUUCGAAAGUUUUGUUUCUGCUCCUGUUUGUGGAGCACAUAUCUUAAUACACAUUUGGGGUGCUGGGGCUAGUAGUUUAGCUGUACAAAAAUCAGCAUGCUGUGGUUCUUAA